UCACUACCACGUCAUUACACGUGUUCUCCCCCUCUUCAGCAACAUGGCAGCAUUGAGGUGUGUUGUCGCCGCGUUCCUCUUGGGUUUUCUUGAGUUCAGCUAUGGUAAGGUCUGCGAGAACCCUGAGGUGACGCCAAAGGUUUACACCACCACAGACGGACUUGUGAUUGCAAACAUCGCAUUCAUCGCUGAAUUCCACCUAAGGUGCCGCGAAAACGUACAGAAUGUCCCAUUGUAUGCGGAUGUGAAAGGCAAAAUUGUUCCAGUGGUGAAGUCUACUGAAACCAACGAUUACCAAGUAAGCUGGACAGAAGAACUGAGCAAGGCCCAGUCCGGCGACUACCUGAUCAGGGUGUAUGAUGAGGAAGGCUAUGGAGCCCUCCGAAAGGCCCAGCGCACAGGGGAAAGUACCCAGGGUGUGACUCCUCUCUUCACCAUCAAUGUGAACCAUCCGGGUACCUACCGUGGUCAAUGGGUCCAGAGUGAAUUUGUGGCCGUGAUGGCUGCUGCGCUACUAUGGUACUUUGCCUACAGUGCAAAGGCAAAGCUUCAGUCAUAGACCCUCUGUAUGUGCAUACAUUCAUGUUUCAUCAUGUCUGUCUCCCUCUUUUUCUAACUUUUUUUACAAGAAAGAAUAAAGGGAACCUGUGGUGCCUAA